CCCCCCACCGACCGGAAGUCCCCGUUCUGAAUGGGGCAGGAGCCGGUGUCCUCGGCUCCGCGCGGACUCAGGGGCGAGGAACUCUGGCUCUCGAGUCUCGCCGGCCGCUAGGUUCAUGUGGAGGCUCCCGGGCCGCGCCGCGCUGCGUGGGGUCCGGUCGGUGGUGGAGCAGCGCAGCCGGGCCGAGGCGGCGAGCGAGCAGGCGGCCUGCGCCAUGGAGCGCGCGGUGGUGCGCUGCGUGCCCUCGGAACCGAAGCUCAGCCUGUCGUUCGCGCUGGCCGACGGCAGCCACAAGAACAUGCAGCGCGACCAGAGCGAGCCCCUGGGCCGGGCCCUCAGCCGGAUCGCUACCAACGCCCUGAAGGGCCACGCUAAGGCGGCGGCCGCCAAGAAGAACCGAAAGAACCGAGCGCAGUCGGGCGGCGGCGCGGCCUGCGCUCCGGAACCGGCCGCGCCCUGCGAGCCGGUGGUGAAGCUGUACUACCGCGAGGAGGCCGUGGCGGACGACGUGCUCAACGUGGAUGCCUGGCAGGACGGCGCUGUGCUGCAGAUCGGCGACGUCAAGUACAAGGUGGAGCGCAACCCGCCCGCCUUCACCGAGCUGCAGCUGCCGCGCUACAUCAUGGCCGGCUUCCCGGUGUGCCCCAAGCUCAGCCUGGAAUUCGGGGAUUCCGCCAGCUCCGUGUUCCGCUGGUACAAGGAGGUCAAGCCCGGUGCGGCCGAGCCCGGGGACGGCGGCCUCGAGUCGUCGUCUCGUCCCGGGCCGUCUUCGGCUUGGAUCGAGACGGGUGUGGCCGAGCGCGUGUACACCCCGUGCAACGCGGACAUCGGGCUGCGGCUCAAGCUUCACUGCACGCCGGGCAAUGGGCAGCGCUUCGGGCCCAGCCGCGAGGUGGAGAGCGUGUGUCCCGUGGAGGCCGGGCCCGGCACCUGCACGUUUGACCAUCGGCAUCUGUACACCAAGAAGGUGUCGGAGGACUCCAUCAUCCGGACCGUCUCCUACAACAUCCUGGCAGACACGUACGCCCAGACCGAGUUCUCCCGGACCGUCCUCUACCCGUACUGUGCGCCCUACGCGCUGGAGGUUGACUACCGCCAGAACCUCAUCCAGAAGGAGCUCACCGGCUACAACGCAGACCUCAUCUGUUUGCAGGAGGUGGACCGUGCCGUGUUCACUGACAGCUUGGUACCGGCCCUGGAGGCCUUCGGCCUGGAGGGCGUGUUCCGGAUCAAACAACACGAAGGCCUGGCCACUUUCUACCGGAAGUCCAAGUUCAGCCUCCUUAGCCAACACGACAUUUCAUUUCAAGAAGCCUUGGAGUGGGACCCGCUGCACAAGGACCUACUAGAGAAACUGGCUUUGAAUCCUCUAGCGCAGGAGAAAGUGCUCCAGAGAUCGUCCGUCCUUCAGAUUUCAAUUCUUCAGUCUACAAAAGACUCUUCUAAAAAGAUAUGUGUUGCUAAUACCCAUCUCUACUGGCACCCAAAAGGUGGAUACAUUCGUCUCGUUCAAAUGGCAGUAGCCUUGGCUCACAUUAGACAUGUUUCAUGUGACCUGUAUCCUGGCCUACCAGUUAUAUUUUGCGGAGACUUUAAUAGUACACCAUCUACAGGAUUGUAUCAUUUUGUCAUCAAUGGCAGCAUUCCAGAGGAUCAUGAAGACUGGGCUUCCAAUGGGGAAAAGGAAAGAUGCAAUAUGUCUCUCACACACCUUUUCAAACUGAAAAGCGCUUGUGGGGAACCUGCUUACACCAAUUAUGUUGGUGGCUUUCACGGAUGUCUAGAUUACAUUUUCAUUGACUUAAAUGCUUUAGAGGUUGAACAGGUGAUUCCGUUGCCUAGUCAUGAAGAAGUUACCACCCAUCAGGCCUUACCGAGUGUUUCUCAUCCUUCUGAUCACAUAGCACUGGUUUGUGAUUUAAAAUGGAAGUAGAUUUUUGCUGCAUUGACUGAAAAGAAAGCGAGUUACUUUUCAGAAAAUUUAAUAGGAAUCAGCGCUUAUAUAUAAAAAUCUUCAAAGAGGACGUCUAGACACUAAACUUCAUUAUGGUCAUUCCCUACUAGUUAUGUUCCAGCUGACUUUGUUACAUACCAGUUCAUAAUGUUUGCAUCAUAUAUCUUUAUCCUCUUUUUUAAUUUCCUACAUUUGGAGGAAAAUAUAUUUAUGACUAGCAAGAAAACAUGAACUGUUGUGUACAGUUUAUAGGUUUUUUUAAGCUGGUAAUUAAGGUUUUUAAGUGCUAUUUGAAUAAUCUCAAUUUUUCUUUCAUAACAUUACAUUGAAUUAUGUUCAUAUAAUUGGAGGGGGACAUGCAGGUAAAAGGUGAAGACAUGGGAUACAUUAGUCUAUCACUACCUCAAUUUAGAGCUUUAACAAAAGAUUAAAAUAUACCAUUACCAAUUUUUAUAGCUUCUUCAUUUUUCAGUUAGCAGGGUAUUUUCCUUAUUUCUAGCAGUUUUUAGUGCACAUAUGGUCGCACUAGCGCGCCUAAUUUGUGUUCUCAUUCACAGUUGAGCCAUUUUAACAGUGAGUGUCCCAGGAGCAGCGACAGUCUGGUCCCGGUGCCAUCACUCUUCCUCAGCACACAGGGUACUGACUAUGCGACAUGAAAGAAUAAAGCACAAUUAUCUUAUGAAAAUUUCUGAUUGGGGCUUCAAAUUAUACUUAAACCAUCGAGCAUCUUCAAAAUGGUAAUUUAUAAGCAGGAAAAAGGGAGCCUAGCGUGGUGCUUUAUUAUAGCUGUAAUCUUAGCACUCAGGAGUCUGAGGUAGGGCUGCUUUGAGUUCAAUACUAGUCUGGGUUAUCAGUUUGGGCUACAUAACUGGAAUAAAAGGGAACAAGUGGGCUUUUCUCAAUAUCUGAAAUAAACUUUUUAUAGACUUACAGAUAAUGAAGUAUAAAAAGAUUUGAUUUAGUCAAAUCUCCAGCAUACAGAUGUCAGGACGACUGGAGUGCAAAGAUAGGGAACACUACAAAAAUUCUAUAAAUACAAUACCCGGAUUUAUUUGUACUUACAAAUUAAUACAAGGUGUUAAUCAGAAGUGUUUAAGCUAUCUUUGUGACUGAAUUUUUCUACUACUUUUGGAAUUUUUAGUACAUUUGAUUUUAAUAAAUAUGAGAAAUCUA